AUGUUUCAAGACCCGGAGGGUAUGCUUACUCGCCUGGUGCGCUCUUUCGCUGCGGGAGUCAUUGCGGCUUUAGCACUGGUGCAUAUCAUCCCAGAGGCUGUGGAGGAAAUGUCCGAGUUGGGGGGAGUGGAAUAUCCCCUUGGGGGCACCUGUGCUUUGGGCGGGGUCGCGCUCAUGAUACUGUUGGAGCACAUGGCACACAUCAUGCAUGAUGGGGACGGAGGAGGACACGCCGUAGGCGGAGCUUCCAAAACAGGCAACAGCAUCCCACACAAGCACAAAUCCUCCAAGCUGAUGUGCCCCGUGGCUGUGGAUUCACCGCGGAACUCCCCCUCUCGUGCUCCAGCGGCUGUAGCUGAAGGCUGCCUGAAGCCGCAGACCAGCAAUAGCGGCGAUGAACUGCAUAUGGACGGUGGGGCCGUUGGCGGCAGCGGUGUCACACACGGUCACAGUCAUGUGUGCGUGUCCCGGGGAUCGGCCCCCAAUUGGUUGGCGGCCGGCACUGUGGAGGCGAUGGGCAGUUUACGGUUGAAGGUGGUGGCGUAUCUGUUCGAGAUCGGCUGCAUUUUCCAUAGCUUUAUCAUUGGCCUGUCCCUAGGAGUGAACCAAACCGACUUGAAGGAAGUUCGCUCGCUACUUAUCGCGCUUGCUUUCCAUCAAUGGCUGGAGGGAAUCAGCCUGGCGAGCGUGGUAAUCCGGGGCGGUUUCACAGCGCGGAAGGGCGCCCUAAUGAUUUUGACUUACUCGCUGACGUGCCCCGUGGGCAUUGCAAUCGGCAUGGCAAUUGCUGAAACGUACGAUGGGGAGUCCACGAAGUCGCGCGGCAUUCAGGGGGCCUUCAACGGCGUGUCUGGCGGCAUGCUGCUUUACAUUUCCUUGGUCCAGUCAUGGGGGGUGGCCGACAUUUUUGGCGUCAUUUUUGCGUCGAGGGCGGGUUUUCUCUCUGGAUGCGGCAGGUGGUUUUUAAUCGGAUUUUGGAUCGGGUCGGGUUUUGAAUCAAUCGGUUUUUUAGUUCUGCGCGUCUCAUUUUAG